UCCUUGCUUUACCGCUUAGAACUCCUUACACAUUCCCCAACUCCAAAUCAAAUCAGCCGUAAACAUAAAAUUUAAAUCAAAAUUGUGAGUUUUCAUAUAAAUUUCUACUUCACCAUGGCGGAUCCGAGUAUCAAUGACGUCGAUGAGACUGUGGCCCCUCCCCUCGGAGGCGAUGACAGCUUCAAUCUGAACAAGCGGCUAGAUUGCGAGCAUUUAGAUCAAAUGACGGAUAAUUGGACCGAUUAUCGAAGACCCUCGUUUAUCACCGAACUUCUGCGAUUUUUCGGCAACGUAUUUGUCGAUAUAUUUAAUGCAAUUUUCAACUGAGAGGCAAAACAUAUAAUCUGUAUAGCAAAACUAAUAAAAUCUUUAGUCAUAAAA